UCAACAUCAGUCUUUUACAACCACUCAAAAUACGAGCAAGUUAAAACAAAUUUCGGUUUUCCGCGAUUGACGAAAAGCGCUCAAAAUUAAUUAAUUAAUUAGAAUCGAUUAGAUAUCAAGUUCGUGCAACAGUGAUCAAAAUACGAGUUACCGCAUAUUAUAAAGACAAACACAUAUAUAUUGAAAGUGUUAUCUAAGUUGAUUAUAUGUUAAAUUAGAAGAUGGAAGACGAAGUAUCUCCGGUAGUCGCGGAAAAACCCUGCACAACCCCCGUUACGCCAUUUUCCAUCGAAAAUAUACUUAAUACCAAAAUAUGUAAUCGGAACAACGAAGAUUGCACGGACAUCCAGGAAAAAGCUUUGGAUAUGACCAAAAGUGGACAACAAACUUCUGACAAUGUAUCGUGUUCAGGAUUUCCUGGAGUUUCUGGAGAAUACAGUCGUCCAUCGUGCCAGUCUGACGAAGGGGCAAGAGGGGAUUCAGUAACACAUACGGGAAGAAAGAAGAGAUCCAGGGCUGCUUUUACCCAUGCACAAGUCUUUGAAUUGGAAAGAAGAUUCAGUCAACAGCGGUACCUGAGUGGACCAGAAAGAGCCGACUUAGCUCAUGCAUUGAAACUGACCGAAACACAAGUCAAAAUUUGGUACCAAAAUCGAAGAUAUAAAACCAAACGGAAGCAACUCCAAAUGCAAGAGCAAAACAUGAUGAACCAAAAUGCCAGAAAAGUAGCAGUCAAAGUUCUGGUAAAGGACGAUAUUCCGCUGUUUAUGCAACAAAAAUCAAUGUACAAAACGCCGGUGGUCUACAACGAACCAUGCAAAAACGAUCUCUUCCUCUACGACCAGUUCAACAAGAACAUUGUCCACAAAUAUAAUUCGAAAACUCUACAAGAAUCUAUGCUCAGUUUGUGUCAGCAGUACAACAAUUCUCUUCAGUUGUUACCCUACUUUAGUUACUAUCAUCCCUCCGCCCUUAUGGGACUUCAUGGUCAGGAAGAAGACAUGGGAAUGGAGCAAAGUAGAGAACAAUCUUAGUUUUAGACGCGAAAAUGAAAAUUUGGGGAGCCGAUUAUAGCGAAGAAACGCAAUGGAGAGUUGCCGUAGAAAACAUUAGUACAAAAAGCAAUAAAUACAUACCUAUACUUGUUGUAGUGGAACAAUAAGAUCCAUGAAUCUUUAGAUUCUGUAUAGUCAGUCCUUAAUAGAUAAAUGGAAACUGGACCUCUCCCGAUACCAAAAAUAUACCAAAGUUGACAAUUAACUUCACUUUAUGUACUGUAAAUUACUGUAAAUAUUUAUUUUUU